AUGAAUGGCUCCACAGCGCCUCGUUUCGGUUAUGAUGUCCUCUCCGUAUUCGACGUUCCUUCAAACGCCCGAGACUUCCUCGCCGACGUCAUCGAGUCCCAUCAAGCACCAGAAGAGACCGAAGAGCUUUUCCAAGAGAGCCUGCUAGCACGCGCUGCAGACUGGCAUUAUCUGAUCGAAUGUGCCAAGUCCAUGCGAAGAGCUCGCCCGGAAGAUAGAAACAGCUUACAAGCGCAAGACGUCCUUGCCGAUGUAUGGUAUACUCUGAGCGGGCAUGGUCCUCCACCCAGCGAGGAGCCAUGGGAAUUAACCGACAGGCUCAUUGCUCGGGCUAAACAGCUUGAGGUUGACCCAGAAAUCCGACCACCACAAAUCACCGAGCAAGUAGAAAACCACCGACAACAGUGGCUUGGAUCAAAGGGUUUCCCAAAGACAACGACAUGUCUCACAACAUCCCCUUAUUGGUCGGACCAGCCUCAUGGGAGGCGCCCAGAAGGAAUUAAAAAUCUUGCGAAAUGGAAAGAUCGAGCAUGUCUCCCUCUGACUUCUUCACAAGCACGCAUCUCUGCAAUACUACAUUCACAAACGCCCGACAAUGAGACUCAUGAAACUCUGAGUGUUGAUAAGUGUGUUGUAGGGCAGGGUUCCCCGCAAGGAGGCGCUCUGUAUGACAUGACCCUGAUUGUCAAGCCUCAAAGUUCAAUUUCGCCAUACUUUGUGGCCACUUCAGCAUCGGAUGAGGCUGGCCAAGUCAUUGCACUUGCGCGAAAGCGACCACCGAGGGGAACUGUUCCUUCAGUCCCCUUCGCGCCUCUCACAUCGCAGGAGUUUGGCCUUAUCCAAGAAAAGUUUGCCCACGAACCAUUCUGGCUCCUCAUUGUGGUGACGUUCCUGAUUCGGACCAAGGGUACGCAAGCAAUACCUACAUUUUAUAAGGUAAAAGAACGAUUUCCCACGCCAACGCACAUUGCAAGCGAGGAAAACACCGAAUCGCUCGUCGAGAUGAUACGCCAUCUUGGCUUGGCGGAGCACCGCGUAAGUUUGAUGAAGAAGUAUGCGCGGGGCUUCUUGGAUCAGCCUCCAGUUGCUGGCAUCUAUCACAAGGUGAAGAAGUACGACCAAAGAGACAUGGACCCACUGAGUCUGUAUCAACAUGAAGGAAGUAGUGCACUGUUGGUGGACAAGGACUCAUGUGGGCAGGAUCUUUUAGAGGCCUGGGAGAUUGGGCACCUUACACAAGGCAAGUAUGCUCUAGACAGCUGGCGCAUCUUCUGUCGAGAUGAGCUACUUGGGCGAGCGACAGGCUGGAACGGCGAGGACAGAGAUCCUAAGCUUCAGCCUGAAUGGAUGAGGGUUCGUCCAGAUGAUAAAGAACUAAGGGCAUAUUUGAGAUGGAUGUGGAUGAAAGAGGGCUGGGAAUGGAACCCAGACACAGGUGAGCGUACAGUUCUGUGCGAAGAGCUGCGAAAUGCUGUCAAUGAAGGGAGAGUUGUGUAUGAUGAGAAGGGUGGGCUGAAGAUUCAAAGCCUGGCCUAUUCAGAAAAUGCUUUUAUAUUGGGAGAGGAAGAGUUGAUGGCUGAGAGCUAA